AUGUCAGGAAGAGGCAAAGGAGGAAAGGGUCUUGGAAAGGGAGGAGCCAAACGACACCGUAAGGUUCUCAGAGAUAACAUUCAGGGAAUAACCAAGCCUGCUAUUCGUCGUCUCGCAAGACGUGGUGGAGUGAAACGUAUUAGCGGUCUAAUUUAUGAAGAAACUCGCGGUGUUCUCAAGAUCUUUCUUGAGAAUGUGAUCCGUGAUGCGGUUACCUACACCGAGCAUGCUCGCCGUAAGACUGUUACUGCGAUGGAUGUUGUUUACGCUCUCAAGAGGCAGGGAAGGACUCUCUACGGUUUCGGCGGUUAG